CCGACGCCCAGAUAUCGGCAAGUGGCGCAGGUGAACGAUGGGACCCCGACCUUGACCCUGCCGAACAAAUAUCGGCAAAUGGUGGAGGAGGACGAGAGCCUGUUGCUGGCGAGCGCGGCCGAGGGGCUGCCGGAGACGGAGGAGGUGCGCCAGAGGAACCAGUGUGACGUGUGCGACCGCGUACUGAGCAGCAGCGUGGCCCUGGACUGCCACCGCAAGAUCCACAGCGGCGAGAGGCCCUGGGUGUGCGAGAGCUGCGGCAAAGGAUUCCCCGACGGCCGGGGGCUGCGGCGACACCUGCACAUACACAACCCCCGACGCCACCAGUGCAAAGAGUGCGGCAAGACCUUCGUCUACGUGUUCCAGCUACGAAAUCACCAGGUGAUCCACACGAGCGAGUAUGCAUUCGAGUGCAAGGUGUGUGGUAAGGGCUUCAAGUCCAAGUCGACCUUGGUCACCCACAUGUACCUCCACACGGGGGAGAAGCCGUUCCAGUGCUCCUUCUGCUUCAAGAGGUUCAGGCACCGCAUGUCCUUCAACACACACGUGCAGAGACACAGGGGAGAGAAGCGCUACGUCUGUCUGACUUGUAAGAAGCCGUUUUCUGACCCCAACAACCUCAAGGCGCACAAGAGAGUUCACACGGGGGAAAGGCCUUACAAGUGCACAAGUUGUGACAAGAAAUUUAAACAGUCCGCCCACCUGAAGAAACAUAUUGCUACACAACAUUAGCAAACGACUGUCCUGCAGGACAAAGACUUUUGGUAUAUCUACAUUUGCUGUAGAUUUGAUGGACCUUUCAUUUUGAGCCAGAUGGUUCAAAUGUUUUUUAUAAAAGUUUUAUUUUGGUAAGGGUUGGCAUAAAGUUGUAUUUAACUUUAACACCUGUCGAUACAUGUCUGUACAACGUCUGUCAUGCUGAAAUGUGUCAGAGUGGCUUUUUAUAGAGAAAAGAAUACAUUUCAAAUUCCUUGAGAUUCCCCCAACCCAGGAUGCCAUACGGCAGCCAUGUUGGAAUACUGAGGCCUCUUAGAAAAUGGUGGCCUCAUGCCCUGAUGCUGGCCUCCUGAAGGAGAAGACUGGGGGUGCGUUCCAAUAUGCAACCUUGUGUCCUCCACUUGUGCUUGUGGCCUUGUACCAGGAAAUAAUAUGUCGUGAUGAUGACAUCAGCAUUAUUUCAAUAUCUUGCAAAAGUUCAAUUGUAAAAUCAUCUUCUCAUUUUCAAACAGGAUGGUAAAUGAAGAAUAGUGCCCCAAAAUGUGUUUUUGCUAGACUGUCAGCGGAGAAAACUUAAUUGUUUUCUCCACGGAGGCAGGGCAUCAGAUUAACGUGAGACCACAAGCACAAGUGGAGGACGGAAGGUUGCAUAUUGGAAUUCACACAGUCUCUUGUACUGGAUUAAUUACAGCGCCCUCGUGUGUUUAUUUUCACACUUAAUUUGAAGAUGAAGAUUGUGCACAUCCCAGGAAAAGGUGCAAGACAAAGGCCGACUGUAGUCUUCAGAGUUUUCCUCACUCCGUAAACUACUUUCAUAGUAACUAUUUACUUUUUGUGUAUGACAUUCCGAACUAUUUGUAUAAAUAGAGGUGUUUUGCAACACCUGUCUGUCCCAAACUAUUGUAGGUGAUGUCUUGAGGCUCUGCUCGUUUGUAAUUGGAUCAUCAAAGAUGCAUUGGCAAGAGGACAUUAUAGUUUUAAUUUUUUAUUAUGCCUAGAUUGUAUUGAUCAUUCUAUGAUGAGGAAUCGUGAAAUAAACAGUGAAUUAUGAA